AUGGAAGAUCAUGCCACUAGUUCCGUGAUUGGGAAAGUGGUGGAGUCAUUGCUUGAUGUGGCUAAAACACAGAUCGGUUAUAUUUGGAAUUCUAAUGAAAAUGUCGAAAAGAUGAAAAAUGAAACUGAAAACCUCAAACUAAUGACAGGAAAGGUUCAACAACAAAUCACUUCAGCCAAACGCAAAGGAGAUGAUCUCUUAUAUGGUGCGCAAGAUUGGGUAGACAUAGCGGGUGUCAAAAUAUGUGAUGCAGAAGAGAUUCUUAAACAAGAAGCUAAGGCUAAGAAGACCAAAUUUGUGAAUUGGGCCAACUGUUAUCAAUACAGUAAGCAGGCAACAAAUAUGACUUCUUCUCUUUUGCAACACCAAGAAAAUGGCAAGAAUUAUGAAUUUUGUGCCUCGGUCGAUACUCCUGCACCCGGACCACUAGAUGUUUAUGAAAACAAGAAUCUUGAUGAUAUUUUUACUCAUAAUUCAGCUUUGAAUGAUAUCAUUACUGCUCUUGAAGAUGAUUCGGUACAAAUCAUUGGGAUAUAUGGUUUGGGAGGUGUUGGGAAAACAACAUUAGCCAAGGAAGUUGUUGCAAGAGUAAAGAAUAAUCUGUUUUCCGAUGUUGCUUUUACAACCGUCUCGCAAAGUGUAAAAGUUGAAGAGAUUCGAAAAGAUAUCCGACAAGCAACAAAGCGAGUAACAAAAGGCGACAAGAUUCUAAUCAUAUUAGAUGACGUGUGGGAGAAACUCAAUCUCGAUGAAUUAAGUGAAAAAGUGUGCCAGCCAACAAAAGAAGCCUGGAUUCUUUUCAAACGUGUGGUUGGUGAAAGAUUGGAGACGGACGCCAAUUUGAAAGAAGUUGCAUUGAAGGUUGUUCGAGAAUGCGGUGGAUUGCCACUUCUUAUUCAUGCGGUAGGAAAUGCUUUGAAAGAUGAAAGCAUCAAAUCCUGGAACUUGGCUCUCACUCAACUGCAGAAACAAGCGCCAAUGAAUAUCGAUGAGGAGAUACAUAAAGCAUUUAUUCAUUUGCAGCUGAGUUAUGAGUAUCUUAAAAGUGAAGAAGCCAAAUCAUGCUUCUUAAUAUGUAGUAUAUUCCCUGAGGACAGACAUAUUAGGUUGGAAGAUUUGGUACGUUAUAUGGUGGGUCUGGGAAAGUUUGAUGACCUAGACGGUCUAGGGGAUGCAAGAGACAGGGUUUGGACUGCAGUUAAUAUCCUUACAUCUUCUGGCUUGUUGUUGAAUAGCUUACAGGAAAGCAGUACCAAAAUGCAUGAUGUUGUUCGUGACGUGGCAUUGUUAAUUGCAUCUCAAGGUGAGAACAUUUUUUUGGUGAGGGCAGGGAAAGGCUUGAAAGAAUGGCUACCAAGCCACAACAGCUUAGAAAGAUACACAGGAAUCUCACUCAUGUUUAAUGAUAUCUCUAAGCUUCCUGAUUUUGAGGUUCAUCUACCAUGCCUAGAUAUUUUCAUAAUAAAUGAAAACCAUGAAUUGCCGAUGAUUUCUAAUGAGUUCAUUCGAGGAAUGAAAGAAGUUAAAGUUCUGAAUGUGUCUAACUGUGGGAGCCCGUCCCUGCCACAAUCAUUGAAAUUACUUACAAAACUUCGCAUGCUCAAUCUUGCUAAAAACAAAUCCUUCCGUGAGAUUUCUAUUCUUGGGGAGAUGAAAGACCUUGAGAUUCUAAAUUUGAAUGAAACUGGACUCACGGAAAUUCCUAAAGAAAUUGGUCACUUAGUAAACUUACGACAGCUUGAAGUUAAUAAAUGUGAAGAUCUAUCUCACGUAGCACGGGGUGUGAUAUCAAAGCUCUUGAGGUUGGAAGAGUUGUGCGUUGGAUUAGCUGGGGUGCAGGAAGGAGUUUAUGAUUGUAUUAUAGAGGUAAUGAACUUGUCAAAGCUCACAUAUCUGGACUUGACAGUGCUAGAUAUUGAUGAUAUUCCUGAUCAAGGCUUCACUUCUGCAAAACUAAAAGGAUUUGCGAUUCAUAUAGGAGAAUGCUCUCCACAUUUUAGCCAUGCCAAUCAUGCGUGGAGAUCAAAUUGUUAUCUAGCCCUUUCAACAAAACAUCAUAAAAUACCAUUAUUGAAGUGGACUAAGAAAUUCAUUGAGGUAAAUCAUCCUAUUACAUAUUUAUACCAAAUUCAAAUGAAUAACAUCAUACCAACCUUGUAUGAUGAAGGUUUCAAUAAGUUAGAGCACAUUAAGUUGUUUAAAUGCCUUAAUGUGACAUGCUUAGUGGAUGAUGGAACAAAAAGGUGUGAUGGGGAUGAAGGGAAAACAGAGGAAAGGUUUCUCAAGGAACUAAAACACCUUGACUUGUAUGAUUUAGUUAAAUUGGAGGUGCUAUGGAAAUGCCCAGAUGAAUAUAUAAGUCUUACUAAACUAGUCACUCUUAAAAUUUUAGGUUGUAAUAAGUUAGUCAGAGUAUUCACAAUGAGUGUGGCACAAGGGCUUGUCAAUCUCAAGGAACUAAGAAUUGCAAUUUGUGAAGGUUUAGAGGAAGUGAUCUGGGAUGGUGGUAGAGCUGAUUCUGCAAAUACUGUUAUUGUGUUCCCUUCUCUGACAAAAAUAUCCAUUUUUGCAAGCAGCCUGAGAAGCUUUUACUCGGGACAUUGUACUAUCAGAUAUCCAUCUUUGGUGGAUGUAUCAGUCAUAUCUUGUUCUAGUAUGAAGAUUUGGGGACCUGGAAUCCAUGAAGUUCCCAAUCUCAAGUUUCUUAGUGGUUAUGUAUCAGUCAAAUUACUGGAUGGACCUUCUCCCAUAAAUGAUGUCAUUGCCAAAAUGUUAUGA